UCUUACGUGAAUAUAGCAAAUACAGUACUCAUUCUUCCCCUCAACAAAAUCGUUUCAAUCGUUUUUUGGGUUUCUUUGAAAAAAAAGACUAUAGAAGAUGUCGAAAGCACCAGAGGAUGAGCACCCACGAAAGGCAUUCGGCUGGGCUGCCAGAGAUUCUUCUGGACUCCUCUCUCCUUUUAAAUUCUCUCGGAGGACAACGGGAGACGAAGACGUGUCCUUCAAAGUGCUCUACUGUGGGAUCUGCCACUCUGACCUUCACUCCGCCAAGAACGAUUGGGGAUUUUCUACUUAUCCUUUACUUCCCGGGCACGAGAUCGUGGGCAUGGUGACGGAGGUGGGAAGCAAGGUAACAAAAUACAAAGUUGGCGACAAAGUAGGCGUUGGGUGCAUGGUGGGAGCUUGUCACUCCUGCGACGACUGCAACAACCAUCUCGAGAAUUACUGUCCCAAGAUGAUCCUUACCUAUAACUCCACCUACUUCGAUGGUACUAAAACCUACGGUGGCUACUCCGAUUUCAUGGUCGCCAACGAGCGUUACAUCGUCCGGAUACCCGAGAACAUGCCCCUAGAUGCUGGUGCACCACUGUUGUGCGCCGGGAUCACUGUCUACAGCCCCAUGAAGUAUUACGGACUCUGCUCCCCUGGAUUGCAUUUGGGUGUGGUAGGUCUUGGUGGGCUUGGCCAUGUUGCUGUUAAAUUCGGCAAAGCUUUUGGGAUGAAGGUGACUGUCAUCAGCACAAGUAUUGGGAAGAAGAAGGAAGCCCUCGAAUGUCUCGGUGCCGAUGCCUUCUUGGUCAGUCGAGACCAGGACCAGAUGCAGGCUGCCACAGGUACAAUGGAUGGUAUCAUUGACACUGUCUCUGCUGACCACCCUCUCCUUCCAUUGAUGGAUCUACUUAAAUCACAUGGGAAGCUUGUUAUGGUGGGUGCACCAGAGCGACCACUACAGCUGCCGGUCUUCCCUCUGCUAAUGGGGAGAAAGAUGGUAGCUGGAAGCAUCAUUGGGGGAAUGAAGGAGACACAGGAGAUGAUCGAUUUUGCGGCAAAACAUAACAUAACUGCAGACAUUGAGCUCAUUCCGGUCGACUACCUCAACACUGCAAUGGAGCGGCUUGCCAAGGCUGAUGUCAAAUACAGAUUUGUUCUAGAUAUUGGAAACACAUUGACUCCGGCUUAGUUAGGGUUAGAGCCAGCUUUCCUUUAUUAAUUUCUUUGGAGGUGGUUGUAUGUUUGCAUUCAAGUGAGAAACCAUGUAUUAUCUCUGAGUGGAGUUCGGAAGUUUUUGAUUGAAUAAAAAAAUGAUGAUUUCUUA